AUGACUUCGUCAAAUAAUGAAAACCUGAGACAUUUAGCUGAUACUGUUGAUCAACUUGCUGUACGAUUAUCAUCUAUUCAACCUUCUUGUCUUGAACAACUCGAACAAUGGCGUGAGGCAGCUUAUCGAUCUAUUGAUCAAUAUUGUGAACGUAAACGUCAUGAAUUAAUUGAAAUGAAACAAGUUCAUUACAGACAAGAACUUAAUCAACUUCAACAAAAAGUAAAUCAAUUAAUUGCAAAUCAUGAUGAUAGACAAGAUCAUUAUGAUUCAGUAAAUCAUGAUAUUCAAUUGGUGGAAGUUAAAAUAAAUGAACUUGAACAUCUUCGAUUAAAAGUUCAUCCACUAUCCAUUGACGAACAUCUUAUUACUCGACGACAUCUAUUCCCAUUGACUCAUCCAUAUCGAAUGAUACAUUUAAAAACUAGUUUAGAAAGUGCUGUUGGUACUAAUGAUAAACAUCUUCUUGUCGAUCGAGAAGGUAAACAUUUAUGUUUGCUUGAUCGAAAUUUAGUUAUUGUCAACGAAAUUUCAUUUACUCAUGAUGGGAUUCAUAGUGUUUUUUGGGCAUCAACAAUUGGUCAAUUUAUUAUUGUUACUUGUAAAAAUAUUUUAUUACUUGAUGAGAAAACAAUGACACUCGAGAAAUGUCCUAUUUCAUCUAAAGUGGAUUGGUGGCGUGGGACCUGUUCCGAAGACACUUUAUUUUUAUUGACAAUUGAAUGGGGUUCAUCAAUUUACGAAUUUAAUCUUGGAUCAUCAUUUAAAGCUGGCAAGGAAUGGCAUUCACCUGUUACUUGUAAAAAAAACGAAGUUAUGGGUGAUAUUAAAUACAAUAGUGGUUUUCUUGCUAUUCCAAUUUUUAACAGACAUAGAGACGAAAGUCGUUUUGAACUACGUUCAGUAAUAAAUCUUGACUGUAUCUGGUCAAUUCGUGUUCAUGGACGUUGUCGUUGUUGUCAAAUUGAUGUAGAUCAAUGGUUAGUAAUGGAUCAUGAUGAUUGUCGAUUCUUUCAUAUUUCAGCUGAUGGAAAACUUUUAGAAGCAGGCAAGUACGAUCAACAUGAACAACUCGAAGAUAUUAUACCAUGGGGCAAAGAUAGUAUUGUUGUUUUAACCAAGAAAAGUAUUAACUUGCAUAACUUUAGCUAA